GACGACGGCGGCGGCGAGAGGAUGAACAACAAGUUCGACGCAUUGAAAGAUGACGACAGUGGGGACCAGGAUCAGAAUGAAGAAAACAGCACACGGAAAGAUGGUGAGAAGGAAAAAACGGAACGAGACAAGAGUCAGAGCAGCAGCAAGAGGAAGGCUGUUGUCCCUGGGCCAGCAGAGCACCCCCUGCAGUAUAACUACACUUUCUGGUACUCCAGAAGAACCCCUGGCCGUCCCACCAGCUCACAGAGCUACGAACAGAAUAUCAAACAGAUUGGCUUCUUUGCCUCUGUGGAGCAGUUCUGGAGGUUUUACAGCCACAUGGUACAUCCCGGGAACCUGACAGGCCACAGUGACUUCCAUCUCUUCAAAGAAGGAAUUAAACCCAUGUGGAAGGAUGAUGCAAAUAAAAAUGGUGGCAAGUGGAUUAUUCAGCUGCGGAAGGGCUUGGCAUCCCGUUGUUGGGAGACUCUCAUCCUGGCCAUGUUGGGGGAACAGUUCACGGUUGGGGAGGAGAUCUGUGGGGCUGUGGUCUCUGUCCGGUUUCGGGAGGACAUUAUUUCAAUAUGGAAUAAGACUGCCAGUGACCAAGCCACCACAGCCCGCAUCCGGGAUACGCUUCGGCGAGUGCUUAACCUACCUCCCAACACCAUUAUGGAAUACAAAACCCACACCGACAGCAUCAAGGACAAUUCAAGCUUUCGAAAUACAAAAAUCACAUUGUGAAAGUACACAAGCUGGCAAUAAUCCUUUUCUGUAUGCGUGUGUUUG